CUUUCAUGCUAGCCUUACCUACUUAGUUUCCCAGUCUUCAACUUUCAUCUUUCCUCAUAACUGCAUAUCUACAUUUGAUGUAGACACCGUUAUGGCUUCUUGAUGUCACACAUGAAAAAGGCUCCGGGCGAACGCGCCACCAGCGAUGUUAUUUUACCCAUGCAAGACCCCUACAUGACCCAGAUUACUGACGGAAGGAAGAAUUAUGAGUUCAGGAAAUAUUGCCUCAAGCCUAGUGUGAAAAGAAUCUGGUUCUAUCGGACUGCUCCGCACUCCAGCAUCACCCAUGUCUGCGAAACUAAGCCCGCUCGAACUCGAAAACCCGGCGAUCUUCCUCUGGACAAAGACGGCCUGGGUAAUGCCGAAUUCGACAGUAAACACAAGGACUGGGAUGGUUAUGACUUCGCGUACGAGAUGGUCACUGUCUACGAGCUCAAACGGCUGAUAACCCUCAAGGAGAUGAAAGACAAACAUGGUUUCAAGUCAGCGCCGAGGGGGCUUGUUUACCUGCCCAGGUCAAUUAGUACCAGUGUUAACUGGAAGCAACAAAAGCUGUUGAUCAACCGAAGAAAGCAAUUCUCGGAGGCUUAAGCUAGGCUGUGGGAGCUCAGAUGGGUCUGAUGCAAGAUGUUGUCACAGUCGGAAAUGACGCGACCGGUUUAUUCCAACUUAACUUAACUACAAUAUAAUAUUUGCGGACCACGUCCAUUUUGUUCGAGUGGAUGAGUUUCCCAUUUUUCCUUACCCCCGCUAAGGCUUUCAGCUAUUCGACCCAUGUUCUUUUCAAGUGCGUAU